UUUUUAGUGAAUUGUUUGUUAAUUUCGGAUGUGUGCUCCGGAACCAAUGUUCGUACAUGUCCGCGGUAACACUACGAUAUAAUUCGUCGACGGACUGUACACAAACCAACGUGUGUGAGCUGACAACUGUGUUGGAUUAAACGUAAAUAUCAAUUAAUAUCACAGCUUUAAUGCCUUUCAAACUCUAUUGAAAAUAGUAUGUAAGUAGCGAAAUAGAUGAAUAUUAUCGCUCAAACUCAAACGGGCUUUUAAGAAGCUGCUUAUUGCUGCCGCAGAGGACAAACACACAUGACAUUCAAUUGAGCACCCUCAUUGCUGAUGAAGUUCUGCACAUUUGGUGGACGUCUCAGGUCUCUUUUCGUCAAACCCUCGGUCUGUUCUUUCACUACUUCCAGCAACAUGGCCAAGAGCAAGUUUGAGUAUGUCCGAAACUUUGAAACAGAUGACACAUGUCUCCGAAACUGCUACAUUGUAGUGAGGCUGGAUGGACGAAACUUCCACAAGUUUGCAGAGCAACACAAGUUCACAAAGCCCAAUGAUGACAGGGCGUUGGGCCUGAUGACCCAGUGUGCGCGCUCCGUCAUGGGAGAACUUGAGGAUGUUGUCAUUGCUUAUGGUCAAACUGAUGAGUUCAGCUUUGUUUUCAAGAGGACCACCACCUUGUUUAAGAGGAGAGCCAGUAAGCUCAUGACCCACGUGACCUCCCAGUUCUCUUCCUCAUAUGUGUUUUACUGGAAGGAGUUUUUUGGGGAACAGCCCCUCUUGUACCCCCCAGGCUUCGAUGGACGUGUGGUCCUGUAUCCUAGCAACCGCAACCUCCGAGACUAUCUCAGCUGGAGGCAAGCAGACUGCCACGUUAAUAAUUUGUACAACACAGUGUUUUGGACGUUAGUACAAAGGGGAGGACUCACUACAACCCAGGCAGAUGAACGCUUAAAGGGAACAUCAGCUGCGGACAAAAAUGAGAUCCUGUUCUCUGAGUUUGAUAUCAACUACAACAAUGAAUCUGCCCUCCAUAAGAAAGGCACCACUCUCAUCUGGGAAAAGCGAGAUGAAACUGUCACUAAACGCAAAAAGCUACCAAAUGAAGAGGAAAAGGACGUGCCUGUGACCCGCAUUCAACAGAUUCAUUUGGAGCCGCCUGUUGUUAGAAUGCGUCCAGGAGCGCGUCCUCCUCCUCUCGACGCUGUGCAGUCCUCUCCUGUUUCUCGCUGCGCAUGCAGUUCUCACCUACUCGCGCCUCGCGUGUCGAGCGCGCCGUCGCGCCUCCGUGCUGCCUGCCAGGCGCCGGUGCACUUACAAGUCCGGGACAUCUCUCUAGACCAGCUCCAGUCCAGCCUGCUAUCCCACCCAGCGAUCACACUGUCCAUUAAAUGUGCCAGAUACUCCGCUCCCUUCCUAUCACCAUCCCAUUGUUACUGGACAGGAACCGCUCCAUCAGAUUACAGGAUGUUAGGUGCAGAGGCACAGUCUUACUUCCUAUUUGCUCAAGGCACACGGAUCGGGUGUCAACCCUCUGUCGUCCAAAACAAUCACCCUGCUUUCCUCCCUUCAUCCCCGUCUCUGCACCCACAGGGGCACUGA